CACCUGUACUGCCCCCUGCGGCUGCCCGCGGCCCUGCAGGUGGCCUCGGCCUGCGGUCCUGGCGCGCAUCUGCCCUACCCAGUGGAAACGCUGCUGGCCUGAGCCGCCGCUGAGCGCGGCGGGGGUGGGCGCCGUUGGGGAGAAGGGGAGCCAGGCUCGGGCUGUGCACUUUCCACCCAGAGGAAAAGACUUUUUUUAAAAUCUCCAUCAAACGUGCCUUAAAGCUAAGCAUUUUGACAGAAGUGUUUUAACUUAGUCCAAAAUAUUUUCCUUUGUCUUUUAUAACCUUACAGAGGACCAAAGCAGUUCUUAAUUGCUUUAAUAUCUUGGCUAAGCCUGUCCUCUCUCGUAAAAACUUUUCCUCUCGUUAUUACCCAGGCUCCCCAUAAUUCCUGUUUUUAUUGCACCUUCCAUUGAUUUACAACCCCCCCCCAA